AAAAGGGAAAAUAGCUACCCAGCCUGCCCGGGUGCAUUCCAAAGAUGGCCGCCGAGUGGACUGACUUGUUAAAUAUAUGAAGAUCAUGUAGAAGCGCGCCGCCAACGCGCAGGAGCGCGCGGGCAGAUUAAUGUAGGAUUUAAGCACUUGACUAAGUAACGGGAAACUGCUGAUGACUGGAUGAACGCGGAGAGGGACGUUUUAAUUGAAUUGGUAAAUUGAUUAAUCAAACGUAUUUUUUAUUUUUUUGGGGGCUUGAUGUGCCUAUAAAUGUUAAAGAAAAUUGACUGAACCUAGUCUCCGUUUUAAUUGGCGUUGCUUUUUAUAAUCUUAUACUGUUUCUGAAGGAAGUUCACCAAGAAUCACAAUUAGCUGUCAAACUAUUAAUCGGUAAUUUAUUGCAACGCCUUUUUAACAUAUAAAGCUUAACUGACGAGCAGAUGGCUUAAUUCAAUUGUUCAUUGGUGUGUUGGACUUGUAGGCUACUGAGCAAUAGGUCAUAUUUAAUGCCCAUUUGUCAAUAUCAGGUCUGUUGUAUCGACAGCAUUUCCAAUGCUUAAGAAGUAAACAAAUUUGUCGUUUUGUUAAUCAUGAGAAAAACUUUUUUUAAACGAGCUAAGGUAUUCCCUUGGUUAGCCAAUGUCACGUUAUACGGAUGCUUGUUCGCGGGUGGGGAUUUCGUCCAUCAGUGUCUCGCGCAGAGAGAUGAGAUUGACUGGAAGCACACGAGAAAUGUGGCGAUUGUGGCCCUCAGUUUCCAAGGUAACUUCAAUUACUUCUGGUUACGGACCUUGGAACGUCGUUUCCCGGGAAGAUCGGCCGGUAUGAUUUUCCGCAAACUGAUUUUGGACCAAACAUUCGCAUCACCUUUGGCCACCAGUGUCUUCUACACAGGUGUGAGUUUCCUUGAGGGAAAAGAGGACAUAUUUGCAGACUGGCGAGAAAAGUUUUUUAAUACAUAUAAGACUGGACUAAUGUACUGGCCAUUCAUGCAGUUUCUCAAUUUUGUUCUGAUGCCUCUUUACCUAAGGACAGCAUUCAUGGGCUGUUCAGCAUUUAUCUGGGCAACAUUCUUAUGUUUCUCACGGCAGAGUGGGGAUGGCACAGCAGCAGUGGCCUUGGCUUGGGUCAUGGGCCCCAAAAAAGGGCUUCUACCUUGCAGUAAAGACGAGGAGAAAUAGCAAUACAGUGGCACACAUGAAGAACUUUGUGCCUUUGUGGAUGGACUGUUCUGUACCACACACUGUAUUAGGGCUGUUUUUUGUUUAUAAAUCUUAUCACUUACAGUCUUAAGAGUUCUAUGAAAAGUCUGUUAACAUGUUGAUACCUUUUAUUUAUAUUUAUGCUGAAAAAUAAUAUUCCUUUGCUUAUAUUACAUGAGGUUGCCAUUCAACACAAAUACCUUAUUUAUUGUAAAAUUACUGUGUUACUAUCUCAGAUGGACAUGCUGUGUAGUAUUAUAUGGAAAAAAAAAUAUGUUCUGAGAGUUCAUUUUGGAGGCAGUCUUAGCUGGUAAAAAUGUUGUUACUGGUAUUCAUUGUGAGAUUAGUUUAAUAUUUUUUUUAACUGAAAUCAGGACCCAUUCACUCAUAAGGUUUACAUAGCAUUUACAUUUCCUUAUUCAAAAGCUUUACACCUUGUUAAACUUAAAAACAAAAUGUAAUCAUAAUUAUGUAUUGCUUUACACAAUUUACAAAAUGUAGAUUUUUCAGGGUUAAUAGUUUGGAUAAACCAGAGGUUAUAUUGUUUGGGUUGGAUAGUUUCAUGUUAUGCUGUUCUUAAGAAAGUAAUAUGUUUAACUUGUAGAACUGUCAUAUAAAACAGAUCAACAUAGAUCAAAAGAGAUAUUGAGGAUGGUGCUCGGUAACAUGGAUAAAAGCUUGUCCUGUGCUGAUGGUCUACAUGGAUUAAGCAGGAUCACACUUGCUAAUCUUAGAACAGCAAAAAUGUUUGGCGUGCACUUGCAUUUUACCUCUGACAACAGGGAAGAAAAAUCCUCUCUUAGUUUUUGUCAACGUUUAUGUCAUGAUUUUGGAAUAAUAGUUUGAGAAAUGCCUUUUUAUUUAGCAUGUGAUUUUAAGACAAAUUAAGA